UCUGUGGGUCGUUCUGACUGUCUGCGUUUCGUUCUGUCUGUCUCAGUGUUGUUCUGACUGUCUGUGUGUCGUUCUGAAUGUCUUCGUGUCGUUCUGACUGUCUGCGGGUCGCUCUGUAUGUCUGCGGGUCGUUCUGACUGUCUUCGUUCUAUUCGUCUGAGAGUCGUUCUGACUGCGUGUCGUUCUGAUUGUCUGUGUGUCGUUUUGUCUGUCUGCGUGUCGUUCCGACUGUCUGUGUGCCGUUCUGACUGUCUGUCUGUCGUUCAGUCUCUUAGCUUUCAGAAUGCAGGUUUGCAGAACUACCGUUACAUAUAG